UCAAGUGCAUGCUUAACUUUCCGUUAAGUGGGGUAAAGAAAGCUAGCCAAUUCAAGAUCAUCAAUGGCGGUGACGGCGUUUGUGGAAGCAGAGCCACCGGCAAGUCGAACCGGCCUGGCAGCGACUUGUGACCAAACCGGGAUUGUCACCCAAAUCCAAACUACACACUUUCCUGAUGGCAAACAAGUUCAGGUUAAUGGUCUGCUCACUACCAUCAAGGACAUUCUAUCUCUAUGUGGCUACCACACGAGUUCCGAAGGGCAAAAAGAAGAUCCCACUUCCUUGGAUUAUUCCAGCCUGCAAUCCAUAGUGGAACAACUAUCCACCGAGCUAGCAUUCACGACCUUGAACGCGGCAGAUGUACAUCCUAAGGCUCUCAGUUUCUUCAACAUGCUCUCAAAUUACGAGUGGGACGCUAAGCUGUGUUUGAUUUUAGCGGCUCUCGUUACGAUUUACGGAGACUAUUGGGUUCUAAUGCAGUCAUGUUCCGGGGAACAGUUGGCCAAGGACAUGGUAACGUUGUUGCAGUUAAAGGAGCGAGUAGCAGAGUCCGAUGAACAGAAAUCUUGGUUUGAUAAGCUUAAGAAUCUGAUGAUGUCCAUGGUGGAUUUGGCUGAGCAAAUCGCGAAGAUGAAGGCGUUGAUGUCGUCGAGUUCUGCAGAUGAAGCCACGAUUCGUAUCGCGACGAACACCAUGGUAGUGGCGAGCUACUGGACUGUUAGAAAUGUUGUUUUGUGCACAUCUUAUAUCCACUCCCUCUUUGGCAAGGCUUACAAGUCCAGCGUUGGACCAGGUGAUAUUGACACAAUGACCAAAAAAAUAUGUGAUCUCCAAGCAGCUUGCCAGGAAAUGACAAAAUCAUUGUUGGGACACGUAAUUGUACCUGCUAAAGAGAUAAAAGUUGUAGCAUGUGGAGGUAGUACAAGUAGAAAAGAGUGGACAUACAAGCCUGAAGGUGCAAUAGCAGAGAUAAGUAUCGUUCAUGAAGGGGCAAUUGAGUCCAUUAGCUUUUCUAGCGUGAAGCCAGACGGCGGAGUGGUGUCCGCCGUCAAAUUUGGCGGAGAUGGCGGCGGUGAAUACAUUGGUAUGUGAACAAGGAAUAAAGUGCAUCUUAUGCAUGCCCGGGCGUAGUCAAAUACGCGCAAGACCUAACUUUUAUGUUAUACAAUUGAAUCUCCUUUGGAUUGUAUAUAUACUAGUACAAACUGGUCACUUUUUAUUCUCAUGCUAUACAAAGGUUUAUUCCAAGCCUUUCUAUAUCUGUAAACACAAAUGCAUUUACUUUGAAAAUCAAUUUAUCAUCAUGCACUGCACCUAUUAUCUUUAAAAA